CGGCCACCUGCUUCCUCCUGUCUUGUGUCGCGUUGGAAGAAAACGCAUGGCCCGACGCCUAGAUAGAAAAACACUGUUAAGUUCUCACGUGUAUGUAAGGUAUUUACCAUGUUCCACAGCGUGGUUGUGACACUAACUGUGCUCUUAGCAGCAAAAUGCGUGCUCGCUGUUUCCCCGGACUCGGAUCUUGAGAAAUUACUCAUUACUGUUGCAAAACACGAUCGCGUGAUCGUGAUAUUCACGCAAGAGUGCUGCACCUGCACGGAGUGCGUCGAACUUGAACAGAUCUUAAAUGCAAAACAGCAGGAGCUAAGCGAAGACUAUGGAGUUGGUGUUGUGAAAGUGGUUAGCAAACCGCAGAUUGAAGAACGUUACGGCGUCACGUCGCGCCCGUCGCUUGUCUUCUUUCGACAAUCGGUCCCUGCUCUUUUCGAAGGUCGCCACGACCCCGACAGCAUACUGGAAUGGAUCGGCCAGAGCUUGGAGCCUUCAGUAAAAGCUCUGGAUGACAAUUCUUUUGAGCAUCUUACACAGGCUGCGACAGGAGCCACUACAGGCAACUGGCUUGUGGUGUUCCACACAGACAAAUGCGUGAAAAACGAUUUGGCAACUGGCGUGCUGGAGGGGCUAUCGUCAAAGGUUAAAGGAACCACAAAUGUUGCCAAAGUUGACAUUGAUCAUUCUCCAGGCCUGGUGGAAAGGUUUUCGAUCAAGGAAUGCCCCACCAUUCUUUUCUUCCGGUUAGGUAAAAUGUACAAGUACAACCUUAAGAAGCUGGAGAUCAAAUCAUUGAAGAAUUUUGUGGAUGGCUUGUACAAAAACAUGAAGGCCCAUCCAGUGCCAGUGCUACAGACACCAUUCGACAAGUUGGUUGAAAAAAUUGCAGACUUUCUCAAGGAACACAGAAGAACUGUGAUGCUGGGAUUUGUGGCAUUUUUCUCUGUCACAUACACCAUAUACAAGGCUCUUUCACUUCGAAACACGCAGAAACAAGUAAAGAAGGAUUGAUCUUUGGACCUGCCUGUGCCUUACUGGCGGCUGUCAGAAUAAAAGCUUUGACAUGGUCA